AUGGACAGUCCCAGCUCCCUGUCAUCAGAGCCCACGACCUUGGAACCCGGAAACGCCUCCUCUGCCUGGCCCCCGGAUGUCUCGGUGGGAAAUGUAUCCGCGGGCCCCAGCCCGGCUGGGCUGGCUGUCAGCUGCAUCCUCAUUCCGCUGGUCUACCUGGUGGUGUGCGUGGUUGGUCUGCUAGGCAACUCGCUGGUCAUCUACGUGGUCCUGCGGCACACGGCCAGCCCGUCGGUCACCAGCGUCUACAUCCUCAACCUGGCGCUGGCAGACGAGCUCUUCAUGCUGGGACUGCCCUUCCUGGCUGCCCAGAACGCCCUGUCCUACUGGCCCUUUGGUUCCCUCAUGUGCCGCCUGGUUAUGGCUGUGGAUGGCAUCAACCAGUUCACCAGCAUCUUCUGCCUCACCGUCAUGAGCGUGGACCGCUACCUGGCCGUGGUGCAUCCCACGCGAUCCGCACGCUGGCGCACGGCCCCCGUGGCCCGCGUGGUCAGCGCGGCCGUGUGGCUGGCCUCUGCGGUGGUGGUGCUGCCCGUGGUGGUGUUCUCGGGUGUGCCCCGGGGCAUGAGCACCUGCCACAUGCAAUGGCCCGAGCCGGCCGCGGCCUGGAGAGCCGGCUUCAUCAUCUACACGGCCGCUCUGGGCUUCUUCGGGCCGCUGCUGGUCAUCUGCCUCUGCUACCUGCUCAUCGUGGUGAAGGUGCGCUCGGCCGGGCGCAGGGUGCGGGCGCCCACCUGCCGAUGGGUGCAGGCACCCGUGUGCCAGCGGCGGCGGCCGUCCGAGCGCAGGGUCACGCGCAUGGUGGUGGCCGUGGUGGCCCUCUUCGUCCUCUGCUGGAUGCCCUUCUACGUGCUCAACAUCGUCAACGUGGUGUGCCCGCUGCCCGAGGAGCCUGCCUUCUUCGGCCUCUACUUCCUGGUGGUGGCGCUGCCCUAUGCCAACAGCUGUGCCAACCCCAUCCUCUACGGCUUCCUCUCCUACCGCUUCAAGCAGGGCUUCCGCAGGGUCCUGCUGCGCCCAUCCCGCCGGGUGCACAGCCAGGAGCCCACAGCAGGACCUCCGGAGAAGACAGACGAGAAGGAGGAGGAGGAUGGGGAGGAUGGGGAGGAGGAGGACGACGAGAGUGAGGAGAGGAGAGGGAAGGAGACGAAUGGUGGGAUCCGCCACGUGGCGCAGCCUGGCACCAGCGGGCAGCAGUGCCCGCCUGGUGCAGCCAGGGAGCACCAGCUUCUACCCCGGGAGCCCCUGGCCGAGGACAAGCCCAGCAUCCGGCACACCAGCUAUCUCUAG